AUGAUAUCUGCUGACAAGCUAUCUCUCCCAACCCUCAGAUCCCUAGUUGGCUUCGGUCCCAAAAGCAGAUACAUUGGUGAGGCUGCCAAAACACAGGAGAUAUCCAAUCUCAAAAACACCGUUGGCACCCUGAGACGUCUCGCAGGUCGUUCUUUCAACGACCCCGAUGUCCAGAUCGAGCAAGACUACAACUCUGCCACCCUGGUCGAUGUCAACGGUGAGGUCGGUGCUGAGGUGUCCUAUCUGGGCAAGAAAGAACAGUUCACCGCGACCCAGCUGGUGGCCAUGUUCCUCUCCAAAAUCAAAACCACUGUCUCUUCCGAACUGAAACUUCCCGUCGCAGAUGUUGUUCUCAGUGUUCCGCCUUGGUUCACUGAUGCCCAACGACGAAGCCUGCUGGAUGCCGCUGGAAUUGCCGGUUUGACCUGUCUCCGCCUCAUAAAUGACUCCACCGCCAUUGCUCUGGGAUGGGGUAUCACGAAAUUCGACCUUCCCACCGCUGAGGAGAAGCCCAGACGUGUUUGCUUUGUUGAUAUUGGACACAGCGACUACACUUGUUCCAUCGUUGAAUUCCGCAAGGGAGAGCUGAACGUCAAGGCCACAACGUAUGACCGUCAUUUCGGUGGACGUAAUUUCGACAAGGCUCUCGGUGACCACUUCGCCAAGGAAUUCAAGGAAAAGUUCAACAUCGAUAUCAAAACAAACUUGAAAGCCUGGACGCGAACCCUCACUGCUGCAGAGAAACUGAAGAAGAUCCUAUCCGCCAACGCCGCAGCCCCUAUGAGCAUCGAGUCCCUAAUGGAUGACAUUGAUGUCCGCACUAUGGUCAAGCGCGAAGAACUGGAAGAAAUGGUCAGGCCGCUCUUGGAACGCGUCACGGUGCCCCUGGAACAGGCCCUUGCCGAAGCAGAUCUGAAACCAGAGGAUAUCGAUACCAUCGAGAUGGUGGGGGGCUGCACACGUGUGCCCAUCAUCAAGGAGAAAGUCAGCGAGUUCUUCGGCAAACCGCUUUCCUUCACACUGAACCAGGAUGAGGCCGUUGCCCGCGGCUGUGCUUUCAGCUGUGCCAUUCUCUCACCCGUUUUCCGCGUGCGUGACUUCUCCGUUCACGACAUCGUCAACUACCCCAUCGAAUUUACCUGGGAACGGGCACCCGAUAUCCCCGAUGAGGCCACUUCGUUGAUUGUUUUCGGCAAGGGAAAUGUCAUGCCCUCGACCAAGAUUCUUACUUUCUACCGCAAGCAGCCGUUCGAUGUUGAGGCGCGCUAUGGAGACAUUGAUAGACUGCCUGGCAAAACAAACCCUUGGAUUGGCCAUUUCUCUGUCAAGGGCAUCACAGAGAGUUCCGACGGUGAUUUUACUACGGUCAAGUUGAGAGCUAGACUUAACUUGCAUGGUAUUCUCAGUAUUGAAUCUGCAUAUUAUGUGGAGGAUGUGGAGGUUGAAGAACCAAUUCCCGAGAAAGAAGGCGAUGCCAUGGACACUGAUGCUCCUAAUGGUGAUGCCGAAGAUGGUAAGCCGAAAAUGCGCAAGGUCAAGAAGCAGGUGCGUAAGGGUGACUUGCCUGUCUCUGGGGGGACUGCUGGCCUUGAUGCAGAGUCCAAGGAGCGCCUGACUGAGAAGGAGAAUGCGAUGUAUAUGGAGGAUAAACUCGUGGCCGAUACGGAGGAUAAAAAGAAUGAGCUUGAGUCGCAUAUCUAUGAGCUGCGGGAUAAGAUCGAUGGUGUUUAUUCCGAGUUCGCUAGCGACGAGGAGAAGACGAAGCUUAAAACGAAGCUUGAUGAGAUAGAGGACUGGCUCUACGAAGACGGUGAAGACACCACCAAGGCCGUCUACAUUUCCAAGAUGGACGAUAUCCGUUUUAUCGCUGGGCCCAUCAUACAGCGCUACACGGAUAAGGUCGAAGCCGAGCGUGCUGCAGCUCAAAAAGCGCAGGAGGAGGCGGCUGCGAAGAGACGUGAGGAGCAGGAGGCGGCAGAGGAGGCGGCAAAGAAGGCCGCCGGCCCUCCCCCAGCUGCUGAUGCGGAGAUGAAGGAUAUGGAUGCUGCUGCUCCAGCUGGGGAAGUGGAUAAGAAUGCUGAUGAAUCAAUGGCUGAGGUUGAGCAAGGUUCGUGA